AUGGCAUCCGUGGGCAAGGCGCUGUGUGGGAAACUCAACAAAAAGGUGGUAACAGUUGCUUACAGUGAAGAGAGUGUGACAUCCCGCAAGAUGCGUGUGAGGGGUGUUGCCACUGUGGAGCAAUCGGAAGGGUUGACACUUUUCACCAGUGGCCAAUUUUCAGUGCCUGAGAAGAAACGCGAGCAUUACCAGGGCUCAAAUAGAGGAAACCUUUUGGCAUGGGUGAAGCUCCCAAACUGGGAACAGUGCUGGAAAUUGAGGUUUGAAAAGAAGAAGGCUUUGUAUGGAAAGGCUCGUGUUCCUGUGGGAGGGACUUCGGUUGACGCUGAUGAUGAGGAUGGUGAGGAGGAGGAAGUCACAGAGGCAGGAGCAAUUGUUCCGAUGGCCAUUGAUGCUUCUGGCAACCUCUACAUUCCGAAGAACCGCAACAAUGACAAUGUGGAGCCGGUUUCAUUCUGGUCAAUGCCCAUCCAGUUCUUCAAAGAAAUCUUCUCAUCAUACCACUGCAAGGGAGAUGGAAAUGCAGCAAAGGCAUGCAUUGCCAUGAGAAAGAGCUACAUUGGCAUUUGCUGCUCUGAUGUGCACCCCACCUUGCUACGGGAGGAGUUGGUAUCCUAUGUCCUGACCCUCUUCAAGAAGGAGACCUCCAUGCACUUCCAACCAAAGUUUGCCACUGGGGAUGGAGCAAAGGAUGUGGAGUCUGAAGAUGAGGGUGACGACGAGGGUGACUCUAAUAAGAAGAAGGGCACCAAGCGGAAGAAGAGCGGCCAGAAGAACACUGGCAGAAAGAAGCCCAAGAGCAAAGCCAAACCGAAGUCAGGGCCCAAGUCCAAAGCAAAGGCCAAAGCAAAGAAGAAGGCCAAGAAGGCGGGCAAGGACGGUGAUGAUGAAGACAUGGAUGAGGAAGAUGAUGCUCAGGAAAACGAUGAGUCGGAAGAGGACCAGGAUGACGGAGAUGAGGAUGACGAGGACCAGGACGAUGGCCAGGAUUCCGGACAGUCUAUGUGA